AUGAAGAUCAAGAUGCUUCACUCAACACCGUACUACGUGCAAGCCAACAGACAGGCCGAAGCAACAAACAAGGCUAUUAAACUUAUCGUCCAGAAGAUGAUUGAGGAAAACCCAAGACAGUGGCACGUUUUACUGUCAGAGGCAGUUUGGGCGAGUAGAACCAGCCAAAAAUCGGCCACAGGAACUUCGCCUUUCCGAAUGGUGUAUGGGUACGAUGCGAUGUUACCAAUGGAGCUCACUGUGAUGCCGACUCGCCGUCUUUAUCAGAAUAGAUUGUCUAAAGAUGAUUACUUUGAUAAGAUGGUAAUAGACUCUUUAGAUCUCGAUGAGGAGAGACUGGCAGCGUUAGACCACCUCGAGGCCCAGAAAAGAAGGGUCGAAAGAGCAUACAACAAGCGAGUAAAACCAAAGACAUUUGCCAUAGGCGACAUGGUUUGGAAAGCAAUCUUACCCAUUGGCCAUAAAGACAAGCGGCUUGCAGCAAAUUGCUGCUGUAACAAGCAGCGGGCUGCUGCAAAUGUGCAGCAGCAACACCCCAGCACACUGCUGCAUACGGCAGCAGUUGUGCAGCAAAACAGAAUAGCCACGAUGGCUGUUUCAUCACCCAAAAUAGACCCUAAAACUUGGGUGAAAAAUCUGGAAAUGAAAUUCCAGAUUUGA